AUGUCCUGGCUCUCAAAGAAUGUCGGCAGUCUGAGUAACCUGGCCAACAGAAUCGCCGCCGAAACCAAUGGCGAACAUGGUUCGAAUGAGGCUUUUCUGCAGCUUCAGCAAGAGCUUCACGACACCCGCGAGGAACUAUCCGGCCGACACCAGGAAUGGGAGCAAGCCAGGCAGAACUAUGAAUCUCGGCUACAGAAUCUCACCAAUGGGGAUGCCACCGCCCAAAAAGUCGAACAGUUGGAGCAGAAGCUGAACCGUGCUGUGGGGCUACUCAAGAACCUGCAGAGUGACAAACAAAACCUGACACUUAAGGUCAAGACGCUGGAGGAGGAGAAGGGCGAAGCAUUGGCGCAGGUGGAGGAGGCAAAAAAUAUUCAGCGUCAAUUGGAGCAGCAGCAACAGGAACUGGAGCAGCAACAGCAGAAUGGCCAGGCUAGCCCGAAAUCGGAUCAUGUAGGGCACGAGGCUUUGGAAAAGAUUCAGCAACUGGAGCAGGAACUCAAGGCUGAGAAGGAACAGAGGACCACGCUUGUUCAGGAGCUCAAAACCGAAAAGGAGCAAAGUACGUCGCUUGUUCAGGAACUCAAGUCACAGCUGUUGGAGACCACGGAGAGCCGCAAGAAGCUGGAGGAUCAACUCUCACAGCAGCGUGAGGAGAGCGACAGCCAAAUGGACAUCUCGAUCGAACUCAACAUGGCUAAGGACGACCUGGAACAGGCUUUGGCAGAGAUCGAGUCUUUGAAGCAGGCCAACGCCAAGCUGUUGAGCAAGCCCAAGUCAGCACCCAUGUCUCCAGUCCAGCAGCAAUCGCCCGCUCUUGUCAAGGAACUUGCUGAAGCCAAGGCUUCUAUCGCUCAGUUGGAGUUGAAGCUGUCAAAGGAGUCAGAGGUUGCCAAGGAGUCUGUCGCCUUGAAGGCCGCUCAGAAGGAACUUCAGGACACUGUUGAGUUGAUGCGCAAGGACCUGGCCCAAGCCAACAACUUGCAUUCAGAUGCGCAAAAGGAUCUUUCUGAACAGAAGGCCACCAGGGCUGCCCUGGAAAAGAAGGAAGCAACCUUGGCCAAAUCAAUUGCGAGACUGGAAUCAGAGUUGACUGCUGCCAAGACAGCCAAUGGAGGAGAGACUUCCGCCAAUGGUGCCGGUGAGGCCUCAGAGGAACUGCAGAUCCGUAUUCAGGAUCUGGAACAUCAACUGGAGACAUCGAAGGAGGAGUUCUCCAAUGAACACAUCGAAGCCGUUGUUCUUGCUAUUCAGGCACUUUUGGGACCUAGCCGAACCGACGCACUGCCACAGUCUCUUGUGAAUGACAAGGUUUUGGCCACCUGGAACAGAGCCAAGGAUGAAGUCGACAGCUACAAGGAUGGAAACCGUUCUCUAGAGGAUAACCUGUCCAGACUGAGGAGAGAAAACCAAGAGGCGCAGACCGCACUAGAAUUGGCCGAGUCCGAGAAGGCCCAGCAACUGGAAACUUUGCGCAAGAGUCACGAGCAAGCUAUCAGCGAGUUGGAGCAGAAGUUCCAGAGCGAUUCAAGUAACCAGAAGGAUCUCAGUGCGCAGAUCAACGCCUUCAAGCUGUCGGCAGAUGCGGACAGGAAGUCGUUGGAAGAUCAGUUUGACGCAGAGAAGAAGCAAUUGAUCGCCAAACAGGAAAAUCUGAAGGAAGAAUACAAGACGAUGAAGCAGACUUUCGAGGAGGAGCUCAUGGCUGCCGAGGCCUCUCAGCGGGAGCGCGAUGUCACGAUCCAGACACUCCAGGCGACAGUGGCAUCCAACGAGCAGACCUUGGCCGCCAUCAAGGAGGAUCUCCAGAAGACCACCAACGAGCGCAACCACUUCCAGACUCAACACAAAACUCUCCUUGAUCGUGUUUCCAACAUGAAGUCGACUCUUGGCACCAAGUUGCAAGCUGACAUGGACAACAUCAACACUCUGCGACAGCAGAUUGAUCAGCUCACCGCGCAGAACAAUGACUACCUGCUGACAAUCAAACAACUGGAAGAGGAGCUUAUGGCAUCGCAUGAACACUACGAAAAGACGUCGCGGGAGCUCGAACACCUCCGCCGUCGCCUCGUCGACAUUCAGGAAGACGCCUCGGCCGAGGUGGUCGAGAAGGAGAGUCUCAUUCACGAGCUCCAGUCGCGCCUCCAGCGUGAGGAGCGCGAGCGCGAGGACUGGGAGACCAUGGCAUCGGAGCAGCGCGCCAGCAAGGAUCAGGCUAUUGUGAACAUGAGAGCCAUGGAGCGCGAGAGAGAUGCUGCUCGCGCGGAGAAGGAGUCGAUUCGUAUUGAGCUGGAUCGCGAGAUUGAGAGUUUGAACAACUUGCAGUCUGUUCUGGAGGAGUUCCAGUCGGCCAAGGAGUCCGAGAUUCAGUUUGCACUGGAAGGGCUUCACCGCCAACUCAACCAUUCCAACGCAUCUUUGGAGGAGUUCCAGCAUCGCGCCCUUGCUGCCGAGGAGCAACUUCAAAAUCUUACAUUGGAUGUCGAGAGGGCACAUCAAUUGGAGAGAGAGGUCAAAGAGAAGAACCUGACGAUUGGAAAGCUGCGCCACGACGCUGUCAUCCAGCAAGGACACUUGACAGAAGCUAUGCGUCGGUUGAGAGAGGAGAACAGCCAGAACACUGUGGAUAUUCCGCUUAUCUCGAAUCUGUUUAUCAGCUUCUUGAACAUACCCCGCGGAGACCAGAAGCGAUUCGAGAUUCUUCAAUUGAUCUCUGGAGUUUUAAAGUUUACUGACGAACAGCGUGAACAAGCAGGCCUGAUCAGGAGGGCUGGCGCUUUCGGUGCCAUGACACCAUCAGCGUCUGGCUCACGUUCUCCUUCGAUGGAGCAGAUGAGGCAACCACCACCAGAGCCACGAGAGAGCUUUAUCGAUAUGUGGACAUCCUUCCUGAUCCGCGAGAGCAGUGCUAAUUCCAGUGCCAACACCAGAAGCAAUAACAGCAACAACAACAACACCACCAGCAGCAGCAGCAGCAACGGCAAUAACAACAACAACUCUACGUCAAGUUCUAGUGCCAAUCCUAGGAGUCCUUAA